UAAGUUUAAGUGAGUGGUUAGGAACUUGUCUCGCUUCUGUUUUUAUUACCUAUCUUUGAUCUUUGCUUUUUGCAAAUUUAUUUGCUGUUAUGAUGUUGUAACAAACAUCGACAUGUACGGAAAACGUGAACAGUUUUUUUUUGAUAAUCUACUCUAAAAAGCUACAGUGUGUAACAAGCCUAAAUGAAACUAUUUCUCUAUAAAAUGUGUGGAAUUUCGCAAUAUGUGUGUCAAUCCGUCACUGAGCGAACAAAAUGGCGGCGCUUCCCGCCUUUUUCGUUUUGUACUUCUUUUUUAAUUUAUCGUUUGGAUACACUUUAUUAAAGGACGAAGAAUAUGAGAUUGUCUGGCCAUCAGUAUACCACUUUAAAGGGGAGAAGCUAGACUUUAAAUCAACGUUAAAAGAACCCUUUGAAAUUUGGUACAAUAGUGAAACAAAUCGUUCCCGCAUAGACUUCUACGGAGGAAAUGUCAAGAAGUAUUACUAUGGAGACACCGGCAAUGUAUUCUCGAUUCACCCGGUGACCACUGAGGAGGUGACCAAUGAGCAGGUCUGCUACGAGACCAGCGACGAGGAUGAGCAGUAUGACUUCCUACCCGACGUCUCCGAGUUGAACUAUACUGGUCAAUCGAUGAGGAUCUACGACAAGGUGGUGGACAUCUGGAGCAGCAGCGAGGCGUACGAGGACCGGCUGGUGCGGGAGACCACGCUCUACGUGUUCAAGACGAAGGAGGGCGUCGAUAUUCCUGUACAAGAGGUUACCAAGGAGUACAACUUCAUUAUUGGCGAAGUUACUGGACACGUCAUCACCAAUUACUUCGACUUCAAGGACACGGUCGACGAGGACGAUGUCACCGUUGAAGACGAAGAUGAAUGUGGUAUCUAUUACAUCGGUAAAGACUUCAAGAAGGAUAUGAAGCUGUUCCAUCCGAGCAUCCCCAAGGAUGUGGACAGAGCCUUCGACAUGUACGCGAACCACCACAGCAAGGUCUACCAUGAGAAGGAGCAUCUCAAGAGGAAGAGGAUCUUUGAGAAGAACUGGAGAAUGGUAGAAAACCACAACCGCCAGAACUUGGGCUUCAGGCUGGAACUGAACAAAUUUUCCGACUGGACUGAUGAGGAGCUGAAGCUAUUGUCAGGAACCCGACCUUCCAAGCACGCCUACCCUGAGAUGCAGGAGUUCCCCCACACCCUCACCGAGGUAGACGAGCUGGUGCAGGAGCUGCCUCAAGACUUCGACAUGAGGGUGUUGGGAGCUAUCACGCCUGUUAAAAACCAGGAUGCCUGUGGCUCUUGUUGGGCCUUCGCCACCACCGCGGCUGUUGAGGGAGCCCUCGCCAGGAGUAACGGAGACAGGCUGCUGGACCUCAGCGAGCAGUCGCUGGUCGAUUGUGCUUGGGGCUAUGACAACCUGGGCUGCAGCGGUGGCACCCUGGACGGCGCCAUGAAGUACGUGCUCACACACGGCAUCCCCACGGAGAUGGACUACGGAGUCUACACUGCUAAUGAUGGUUACUGCGGCAUCAAGAACAUGUCCACCACAUACAAGAUCCGCGGUUUCGCGCAGGUCACCCCGCACAGCCCGAACGCACUCAAGGUGGCGCUCUACAAGUACGGACCCGUCACCAUCGGCAUCCACGCCAGCUCGCUCAUGAAGAACUACGCUAACGGAAUAUACUACGACUUCACUUGUGACUGGGAAGGAGGUAUGAACCACGGAGUGACAGUCAUCGGGUACGGAGUUCGUGACGGUGAGGAGUACUGGCUGGUGAAGAACUCCUGGGGUGAGGACUGGGGAGAGGACGGAUACAUCCUCAUGUCUGCCAAGAACAACAACUGCUUCGUGCUCGACUCGCCGUACUACCCCAUUGUUUAAAUAAUAUUUAAUAUAAAUCCCACGUGUUUUUGA